UGAAUAGUGGAUUGACAGGAGGGGUCCAUGGCUGGAGUUGCUCUAAAACCCUUCCUUUCGUCUUCGAUCUCCGAAAUCCCUACCGCCAUGAAUUCCAUCAGUGAGGGAGCUCUAAUCUGAUCAAUUCCGAAGGGAAAAGCGAAGAAGAAUUCAAAUCAUGUGGUUUUCGUUUUGGAAGUCCAGGGAUCGCUUCUCCUUAGACGAGCUCAGGUAUUUAACUGAUCAGCUUAUAAAACUUCAAACUGUGAAUGAAGUAAACAAGGAUUUCGUUAUUGAGGCGCUGAGAUCCAUGGCAGAGUUAAUAACGUAUGGAGACCAGCAUGACUCUGCCUUUUUUGAAUUUUUCAUGGAGAAGCAAGUCAUGGGAGAGUUUGUACGUAUAUUGAUGGUUAGCAGAACUGUGACCGUGUCACUUCAGUUGCUACAGACAAUCAGCAUUAUGAUCCAGAACCUAAAAAAUGAACAUGCUCUAUACUACAUGUUCAGUAAUGAACAUAUGAACUACUUGAUAACGUAUUCAUUUGAUUUCCAAAAUGAAGAGCUACUGUCAUACUAUAUAUCCUUCUUAAGAGCAAUAAGUGGGAAGCUAGACAGGAAUACAAUUUCUCUGCUUGUAAAAACUCAAAAUGAUGAAGUGGUUUCAUUUCCACUCUAUGAUGAGGCAAUACAUUUUGCCUUUCAUGAGGAGAGCAUGGUCCGCACUGCCAUACGGGCUUUGACGCUUAAUGUUUAUCAUGUUGGAGAAGAAAGUGUCAACAGAUAUGUCACCAGUGCCCCUCAUGCAGAUUAUUUUUCAAACCUGGUUAAAUUUUUCCGAAAGCAGUGCAUCAAUCUAAAUGCAUUGGUUUCUGACUCUACGAAAAACCCGGGUGCAGAGUUCGCAGACACAACCACAUUAAUUUCUACUGCUGUUGAUGAGAUCGAGGACAAUCUCUACUAUUUUAGUGAUGUUAUUUCUGCAGGAAUUCCUGAUGUUGGGUGGUUAAUUACAGAUAACAUCUUGCAGCUUUUGAUAUUCCCGCUGCUUCUCCCUUCGCUUACCAUAAAAGCUGUCGAAGGAAUACAAAUUGGUGUUGCCACGUCUUUGUACUUAGUUUGUUGCAUCCUGCGCAUAGUGAAAAUCAAGGAUUUGGCAAAUACCAUUUCUACUGCUCUUUUCUGUCCGUUAGAUGCUUUCUCUCCAGAGUCUGGAGCUAAACCAAAUGGCCAUACGUCUUUUUAUGGUUUUGCACAUGAAAGUCAACCGCCAGGCAGUAAUACCAAGGACGGUGUUGGAAUAUUAAGAGUUGACGUGCCAAACAUGUCAAGCUCUCCCCAAAUUCACCGUGGAUGUUACAAGAGAAAUGAUUAUUGUGAUUCUCAUUUGUCUUUGAGGGAGGCUUUGAUUUCUUAUAUUACGAGUGGGGAUGAUAUACAAGUUACUGGUUCGUUGAGUGUACUGGCUACUUUACUGCAGACAAAAGAAUUGGAUGAAUCAAUGCUAGAUGCUCUUGGAAUUCUUCCUCAACGCAAACAGCAUAAGAAACUCCUGCUGCAAGCUUUGGUUGGUGAAGUCUCAGGAGAAGAGCAACUUUUUUCUUCAGAAAGUAGCUCGUCGAAAGAUGGUACUGAAUGUGGUAGUGAGCUUGAUAGUUGUCUACAAAAUCUUAAGGAGCAGUUUGGACUGUUGUGUUCUUCUCUGGAAGUGAGGGCUAGCCCUCGAGUACAUAGAUUUCAGGUUCUUGAUGCAUUGGUCAGUCUUUUUUGCCGUUCAAAUAUAUCUGCAGAGACAUUAUGGGAUGGUGGUUGGCUUUUGCGCCAGUUACUUCCUUAUAGCGAGUCAGAGUUUAAUAGCCAUCAUCUCAAGAUGCUGAAUGUAAGUUUUCAUUUCUUAUGAUAGAAAAUGAUAUAAGAACAACAUUCUAUCAUCUUUACUAUGUUCAUUUUGUAUGACAGAAUGAUCUUCUUUUCUUCGUUUCCCAAAAGAGUAAAAUAUAUAAUUAGUCCCUGAACUUGGAGCCUAGUUUAGGAUUGGUCCUUGAACUUAAAUUCCGUUAAUUUUAGCCCUUGAAUUUGAUAAAACGUGCAGAACUGGUCCUUUUAAUUGACACUGGUAACAAUUCCGUCUAAAAUCACCAUGUGACAUGCUCAAGCUUCGUUAUAAGGUAUUUGGGCUAUCUUUAAGAAGAAAAGAGAACAAAUUAGUGAGCUGUUAUAUUAUCUUUCUUAAUGAAUUACAAUAAGGCAGAGUAUCUGAUUGAACUAUUGUCUUUGAUUUCUUGGUAUGGUAUCAAAUGGCGUUGGCUCUUGAUCUAAAAAUGGAAAGAGCCCAACCUCAGUAUGGAUAGGGGUUUGGAGGAGGUGCAACAUGAACCACGAAUUAGCCAGCACUCCCCUUGUAAGUGCGGCAUGGAAAAUGUCAGAAAAAAGAAACGGAAACCUCAAAUCUGGAAUCCAGAGUCUAAUGGGAAAGGUUCCUUUUUCUUUGAUUACCGCAUGGGAAUAGAUGUGUGAGCGGAUUUUAAGAUGGGAGAUGACUCCCAAGCUUUGACCUGCAAGUCUCCCUCCGGACCUGACCCGGGGCCACUUCUCCGGUCACCGGGCAACCCAAUCUAAUCCAAAUGCACCCUGAAUAAUGUGCAAAUUUUGAGCUGUGACCCGUUCUUUAUCACAUGGGACUCGACGGUUGAGAUCUCACUUAUAGCUCCACGACUCCACCACAAGCAGAUUUGCAUCGGCUUUACAUCAACUCUCUACGUCAAAUGGUUGGAGUUUUGCUUGAUAUACCCCUAUUGUGAAGCUCAUGUGCAUCGCAUGGUGAUUUUAGACGGAGUUGUUAAUGAUGUCAAUCAAAAGAACUAGUUUUGCACGUUUUAUGAAAUUCAAGGAUCAAAAUUUAACGUUUUUCAGUUCAUGCCAAUUCUAACCUAGGCUCCAAGUUCAAGACUAAUUCUAUAUAGGCCUAAUCGGAUAAAUGGUCCCUGUGGUGCUAAUGUAAUCGGAUGAUAGGUUCCGUGGUAAAAAAAUUAGGAUUUAAACCCUCGUGGUGUUAUUCCGUUAGCAAAUUUAGUCCAAAGGUGAUUUUUUGUUAAAUGUCCGUUAAAUACAGGGGUAAAAAGGUACACCUUCUUCCUUGUCUCUCUGCUCUCUCUCUCUGCAAUUUGUAUUUCCUUGCCUGAGGUCAUCAUUGGUAGCGGCCAGAACUUGAGGUUCUUCGAACGAUUGUGAGCACGUGAGCUUCUUCAGAAUUUGACAGCAGCCGUUGAUAUGUUAUCUUAUUCCUCUAUCUGCUUGAUUCCUCACUCUUUCUUUUUAUUCACUCUCUUUUAAUCUCUAAAAUUUGUAUAUUCAUCUUCUCUCCUAUAUGUCUAUCUCCAACCAUUUCGUGGGUUUUCUAACCGGCCAAUUCCCAUCCUUGAUGCAGCCAACCUUUUCUAUUUUUUUGACCCAAUUCUCUGGAUGUGGCAUGAUUAUAGCAAUCAAGCAGAUAGAGGAAUAAGAGAACAGACCAAUGGCUGCUGUCAAAUUCCGAAGAAGCUCACGUGCUCACAAUCAUUCGAAGAACCUCAAGUUCUGGCCGCUGCCAAUGAUGACAUCAGGCAAGAAAAUACAAAUUGUAGAGAGAGAGCAUAGAGACAAGGAAGAGGGUGUACAUUUUUACCCCUGUAUUUAACAGACAUUGAACAGAAAAAUCACUUAUGGACUAAAUUUGCUAACGGACUAACACCACGGGGGUUUAAAUCCCAUUUUUUUUACCACGGGGACCAUCUUCCGAUUAGAUUAGCACCACAGGGACUAAUUAUCUGAUUAGGCCUUCUAUAUAUUACUCUUUCCCAAAUUGUUUUAGCUUUUUAACGGUAAUAUUUAGUAGCUGUUGUGCCGGUGGCAGUUAUGUAGGUCCACAAAGGGCCUGCCUUCUAUUAUGUGUUUGGUGCUUCUGUUGGUAUAUUUUUUGGUUGAUUCAAUCUUGAGUAGAAGUCCUUUCUUAGUGAGA